CAGUCUGCAUUGUACCUUCUUACUUAACUGUUACAUACGUACCUACAGUACAAAGUUGCGUGAGUGAUAUACAGCCAGUGAACACACAGAUAGAAAGAAAGAGAGAGAGAGAGAGAGAGAGUCGUUAUUCCAAUAGUAAAGAGUCAACGGAGAGACCAGUUAUUUCACGUGUAUUUAAAAAGCCGAAUAUCGGUUUCGACAUUUCUCCUCUUCACGAAGAGGCACGGAAGGCAGGGAAAAAAAGUUUGUUGUCUUCGAGUCUAUUGGCUUCGAAGGACGAGGAACACAGACGAGAGUCUCCUCAAGAGCACCUCUUGGAAGACCAAUCAAAAAGAAGCCAUCGAUUAUUCAGAUCCCGCCGAUGUUUUACCGUCGAGUCUUAUAAAAGGGGAGAGCUUUUAACGAAUUUUUCUUUUGGGAGAGAGGAUCUCUUUUCUAAUUGACUCACGGAUCGAGGUGGUAUCCGUGAACGAACCUGAACGGGAAUAUUCGUUGUCCGUUUGCCCUUUAUCUGUUUGUUUACAUUCGAGCCGGAGACGGUCGCACAGAGGAAACAGAAGCGCGACGGUUAGACGGAGAGUGCUGUGAGGCGAUCUAAUAAACGCAGAGCAGGAAAGGCUCUUGUGUCGUUGUGUGUCGUCGUCGUGUGCGCGCGCGCGCCUCGUUUUUCUCGCGAAAAAUAUGAAAGUGUACACCACCAAUUGCAUUAUCGGCUCGAACUGGUAUCGGCGACCACGAAAACGUCCGUUGGUCGGGCCAACCGGGUCUCCGUUCUUAGACGCGACCCUGGUCACGCAGACCAGGUCUUGCCGGUGGUACCGGAAAAACAAAUCGAUCAAUCCUCUGAAACGGGUGACCUUCCGAGAUGAAGCGAUUAUAUCGAUGUCGGUAGCCGGAGAGGUGACUGAUACUUCGAUCAUGGAAAUCGGCCGUUCUAGACCUCAGUUUCAAUAUUCUCGGGAAGAGCUGAUGCUGAUAAAGAAUCUGCGAUUGUCCAAACGUAGGCCUGCAUUUUUAGACGUCGCUUACAACAGCUCACGAGGCGUCUGGGAUCCCGAGCGUUGGCACUCGGACAGAAAGCGCAGUGAUACACCCCCGAAAGAAGAAAAGACUGGACGUGGUGAUCAAAUCACUGAGAAUCAUAGCAAGCGACGCAGCAAUGGCGACCCGCGAGACCGAAUACGCAAGGAGCAAGACGGCAUCGUCUUGAGCCCGCAACGGAGGAGUUUUAACUCUGGGUGUUUCGUCAACGUGAAUCAGCCGGCGAAUCGACGUCCCGAGAGCCCGAUUGGCAAAACGGAGGUCAGCCAUCGAGAACCCGUCCGUCGAAUCGGCAGCGGAAGAAUCCUGACGCGGGAUAUAUGGGACUUCAGGUCUGAAAAUGAAAAGAUCGAACCGGAGCGCGCGGAUUACGGCUUCAGAUCGGGCAGCGGUGUCGGUGGUUCUAUGCGCGAUCGUGACAAUCGAGAUAAUCGCGAUGGAAAGGAGCGAGACAAUAUCAUGCGGGACAGGGAUCGCGAUCGCGACAACCUGCGCGAACGGGACGAGAGAUUCGAGCGGCGAUCGUUCGGCCGUGAUUACGGGGAGCGCGAGAGAGAGCGCGACCGCGACCGAGGUGUGGAACGUAACGAGCGCAACCACCAGGUCCAGGAGCGCGACAAAGAUCGCGGGCGCGACAAGAGAUUCGGCAAUGACCGUCGGCGGACUUACAGUGACAAUCGUGAUUCGGACGAGCCCGAAUGGUUCAGUUCCGGACCGACGUCUCAGCACGACACGAUUGAGUUAAGAGGCUUCGAGGACAUUCCGGAGGAGAAGGCGGUGAACAGCGGCGGUAACUCCAGCAACAGCAAGAACAAGAAGCAGACCUUGGCGCAGAAGAAACGGGCCAAGAAGAACGCCACGGAGAAGGAGGAGAAGCCGAGCGAAAGCAACUCGUCCGGCCCGAAGGGCCGCAGCACCCCGACCGCCAUGGACCAGUCGAUAAACGCAGUACCAGCUCCGCAUUCCCCGAUCUCCGAGCAGGCUGAGCAGUCGUCCACCGCGCAGAAGGAGAACGACGUCAGCGAGAGUAUCGUAAACGAGCCGAUAUCGGAAACGACGGAGACCUCCACCGCCAAUCAGCAUCGAGAGGAUUCGCAUCCCGAUUUCAAUCUGGAUGAGUUCCUGAAAUCCGACACGUUCCCUGGCGUCUCAGGAUUGUUAACGAACGGAGUUGGCUCGAACGGCGGUACCUGUUCCCGUUUCAGUCAAUGGUUUAAGAGAGAAAGUCCAGUUCAGCAAGCAGACAGUCGCAGAGCUUCCAUACAUGACGAGUUACUCAACAAUCUAUUGAACGAUAUCACGGAGCCAAAUAUUCAAAUACCAUCGGUAACGGAAUCGAACGCUUACUUCACUCCAAUUUCUCCGGCCAACACGACGAAUAAUACAAACGCUGCUACGACCGGCGUCAAGUUACUCGAGAUGUUGCAUCGCGGCAAUAAGCCGAAUCAAAACGGCCAAGGGGACGCGGUUAACUCGAUGGCGCCUCUGGUGAAGAACUGCACCAUCAAGGAUCUGGAAGUUGGUGGAAAAGUUGUGCACAGUUUGGAAGAAUUAGAAGCACGCAUGCGGGGCGGCGCUCCUCCACCUGUAACCUCGACUGAAACGCCCCGUGUAAAUAAGACUGAAGAAGAUCUCUCUGCUUUUAAGAAACUGCUUGCUCAAGUAAACGGAGGACAAGCUGUACCUGCAGCUAACGGACCUAUCGCACAGAAACCACCUAUAACGUUAAUGCAGCUACUUAAUUCUCAACUGAAGACUCAACCACCAAUGCCGCAUCAACAGCCCCCAGCGCCUGCGGAACCAAUCCAUCCGUCAACAUUCAAUCAUGUCGGUCCACUUGGUCCCACUCAACACUCGCAUCAGGCCCAGAUGCAACAUGAGAAUCUAAUAAAAGUUUUGCAAAUACAACAGCAGCAGCAGCAACAACAGCAGCAGCAGCAACAACAACAACAACAACAACAACAUCAACAUCAUCAUCAUCAUCAGCAACAGCAACAGCAACAGAAACAACGACACUCUGAUAUGCUGUCGAUGAUGAUGGGCGGACAGCGAAUAUUAGGUGUGAGUCCUGUACCAACGGAUAUGCAGAUGAUGUUGAAUAAUAUCCCCUCGAGUCAAGAGCUUCUACAACGACCGGAAGCUCAAGCGAUUAUUCAGGGUCUACAGCAGGGGGAAAUCACUAGGCAACAUCUCAUACAGCAGUUACAAAAUCCCGUCAUGCAGCAUCGCCAUCGAGAAGUAUUGGUGAAUAUUUUGAAAAUGUACGGUGGUACUACGCCACGUACCGCGAGUCCACAUCCGCAUCCCGCCGCCCCCACACCGCAGGAUCACAUGCUGCAGCAGAUGCUGUAUCAACAGCAGCAACAAAGAAUCCCAUCUCCUAUGAACAAUGUGAUACCGCAUAGAGUGCCGUCGCCACGGGAGAUCGUUAUGCACACUCAAUCUAUAAUACAAAAUGUUUUAAUCAAGAAAAAAUUGGAGGAGCAGCGCGAGAAUUAUCGCAAGCGGCAGGACCAGCAACAACAACAACAACAGCAGCAGCAGCAGCAGCAGCAAGUUCAGCAACGCUCAUCGAGUCCCAUUAACUCGCCAGCUAAGCAAACAAUGAGUCCGACCCCGCUUGCUUUUACUCCAACAUCCGUUUUACGUAAAAUGACUGCUGAUAAGGAACCUGACGGAAACAGCAAUGACCCAUCGAAAUUGUCCACGCAAACUCAGGCUUCUCAGAUGCAACAAAUGCAAUCUGCAGUUCAGCUACUUGCACAGGGAGUCCUCCCGAGACACACGACGAUGCGGCCACAAUCUGCUCAAUCGACAUGGUCGAAUCCAUCUCUUAAGCAACAUCCAGGACGACCUAUAGUAAAAGGUGGCAAGAGUAACAAUACGAACAGCACUCAGUUCCAGUACACGGGAAAUGCGGAAUUCCAACAACAGCAACAACAUAGGACAGCGUCGAAUGUGUACGGCAAUCCGGCACGAUCUAAGCACACGAUGGCCACUUCCUUGCCGCAUCACAACGUUUCGCAAUACAACGUACCACAGAGCUCAAUGAUGAAUCAGAGGUCAAAUUCUAUAAAUACCCAAAUGAAGACCCAACAGCAAGUCCCGUCGCAUCUCGCUAACAUGCAACAACAACCGCCUCAUGGAGCUGCCAGCAUGCAACAACAACCGCCUCAACGAACUGCUGUGAAUACGCAACUUGCAACAAAGAUGCAACUUGUCGUGAACCAAAACUAUAAUUCCAAUCGUACAGAUGGACGUGCAAUGCGAUCGCAGCAAUUGAACCUUGCUGUCGGCCGUCAAUCCUCGCCGGGUCUUGGAUUCGUGGGCAGUAACGGCGGUGAUCUGUCGCCGACGUCGAAUCAACUCGCUCGAUGGUUCAGUCCAGAACUCCUCGCUAAAGCACGGGCCGGCAAACUACCAGAGCUCGGGCAGACGAAUGUCUUGUCGUUGGAAGAGCUCGAGAGACUUCAACACGCGUCAACUAUAGUGCACAACUAAGUGAUUUUAAUGACAUUUUCGGAUGUUACGUUUCAAUUUCUCGCGAACAGUCGGAAAUCCUGGUGGUGACGCUGCUACUGACCGAACAACCUGUACGUUUCUCGUGUUACAUCUCCCUUUGCAUCCGAAACAUCAGUAUGACGUUACCAUCCAUGCCGGAUGCCGAAAAUGUACGCCGCUAAAUUACAGAAUGGUGCUGUCGCCUAUGGUAGAUUUUUUUAAGUCUUCGUAUCGACAAGGUUUACCGAGGUAAUGCCAUAUUUUGCGUAAGACUACGAGGGUCGGUCAAUUAUUCGAGAAGGGUAUUUCGAAGGAUUUUGAUUCGUGAGGAAGCCGCUGAAAUAUCGUUUGUGGGAAGCACUUUUCCGAGUGUCGCGGGAUGUUAUUUAGAAGCUACAAAUGUACAGGAUAGUGUGUAACGUUAACGGACGGCGUGUCGUAUAAUUAAGAGGAAGAAAUGGACAGCUUUCUACGAAAAAGAGAAGAAAAACGAUAUAUUGCUUAUAAGACUGAAAAAUGUGAAAAUUCUUAUUGUUGAUUAUGACAAGCUGUUACCUUGAUAUGCGUACUUUCUAAAUGACAACAUGAUAAAGUCUAUUUGCCUAAGAUAGGACUGCAAGUUUCUUGUGUAUUCUCGCGUUUCUUCAUUGUACUCGGCGACAUGAUGCCGAGAAUUAUUUAACGAUCUGUAUAAUUUUCAAUAUGUUCAUUCGAAGCGUAUUGGCCUCGCGUUUUUCUCGUUGUUCUUGACAAUUGCGGUAUUGCGGAUAUGUUAUAAGAGAAUGUACUGUUGCGAUAUCUUUCAGUUAUUUGCGAAUAUUGAAAGCAUCGUUUCGCGGUUACGUUUUUCGAAUCCGGGUAGAAAAAGAGCAAAGCAACUUUUUCGCCGUUGUCUCUCAGCGAACAUAAAGAUGUAGUCUAUGUACUAAGUACGUUUAAUGCAAGCUCAGAUCGUUGUCGCCAACGGAAAUAAGACUUAGAUAGUCGGAUACGCGCGUUUAACCUAGUAUUAUUUAUAGACUAUUGUCGCUUGCUUGUUUACCAGUGGGACUUGCAAAAUCCCUUAGGCAAAUAAUAAAACGCAGUUUCCCAGAAGAAGUUGUGAAUUACAGCAGUCAGCACCCAAUUACAAUUACUCACACGGAGAGAGCAGAGGUGUGUGUAUCAUAUUCUAUAAUCUAUUCGUAUUACUGCAAACGAUGCGACUUUAUUAUCACAGAGGAAAAAAAGAGAAACAUGCGAGAUAAAAUUAAAUGAAGAUGACUCGUCACAAGUCAUGCGCGC